UCUCGUGACCGUGUGCAAUUUGUUUGCCAGUGCUGCUAUUUCGGUGUCUACUCCUAACGAGUCGGGAGAGGACUAUAUGGACCUCGACGUAGUGGAUCAGCCCGCACCUCGACCAGCUUCGGGUAUCAUUUUCUUGGAUGACGAUCCAGAGCCUCAACAUACAGCUACGGAACAAACUCCUGCUGAGCCAGUUACAUAUGCACUCGGGAAUCCUGUGACGCUUGUGUCGAAUGCUUCUCCAGUUGGUUCGGGUGCUAUGGUGACGGCCCCUCCGACUAGAUCAACUAUGGUAACCCAAGCUACGCCUGUCGUGAUUCCCACUUCUUCAUCAAUUGCAUUCUCUAUGCAUUGCGUCUCAGAGGAGCAGACUGGCGCUGCCAAAGAGGCGAUGAUCCAGGCCAAGAUGAUGAUGCAACACACAAAGGAGGUGUUCGAGGCCAGGAAAUUGGCGUAUGACGCCAGCUCGGCACUCAAAGCGAACAUCCGAAAGGCUUGCGAGAUUGGGUCGCAGUAUACCCAGAUGGAAUCUUAGAAGAACCAACUGAAGCUGAAGUGUGCUGCAAUAAAAAAGGUGCUGGAAGACAAGGAUCUAGUCCUUGCCAAGCAGAAGGAGAAGUCCAAAGCUGAUGAACUGAAGCUUGCGUACUUCGAUAAGUCGAUGUCAGAAAAUGAAAAAAUGAAGAAAGAAAGAGAUGAGUGGGCAAAGAAGCUUAACUCUAUGGCAAAGAGGGGCAAUGCCAUAGAAACUUUUGUAAAAGAUUUCCUGGCGAAGAUGCUUGCGUCCCUCAUUGCCGAGUGAGUCAUUACACUUUUCGUCGAAUGAUAUGCAGCUGAUGCUUCAUUUUUCUUGUUCCACAGAAUUAUGUCCUGACUUCGAGAAAGAGACUUUCUAGGUAGAGCCAUACUUGGACCCCA